UACUAUUAAAUUUAAAUCCAAGUUAGUUUUAACUCUAGCAAAAGAGAUAAACUUCGAAAAGAGGCUGUCAAUGAACAUCAUAUCCCUCUACCAGAACCAACGAGAUUGGUAUAAAUGUCGUUGAUUGCCUGAGUGAACAAAUUGUAUUUUAAACUGGCAGUUUAUUAACUCAUCUAACAGCAGGGAGCUUGAAGAGAAAUUAAUGCUCUAAAUACCAACACAACCAGAGCUAUGUGUUGCUUGUCUCUGGCCGUUCCCUUGUUGGUAAUUAAGGGCUGAAGUUUGAUACAUUUGGUCUUGGAAGGCUUCUAACGGGAAUAUUUGGGGGGCGUGCAUCGAUUAGAAAAGGGAAGACUGUCUAAAUCGUUACCUAUAAUUUCUUUGGAGAAAUUAUACGUCUCAGAAUUGAAGGAUAAAGACACGCUAAUAUGGCUUUGUAUUACAGACGAUCUGCCAGUGGAGCAGCGUUUUCCAACUAUGCGGCGCAGUUUUUUCAAAGUGGCAUACCUCCGUACUAUGAACAAACUCCAUCUCUACAUCGACCACUGCUCUACAUGGAUAACUCAAUUGAUCAAAUGGCUGCUUUGGGGAUUUGGAAAACUGUGUUUUCUUUCAUGCAGAACGUACAAGCACCACCUCGUUUUCGUUACCAAGGACAAUCAAGGCUUGUGUUUAAAGACGCCAUAAAAGAAAUUCAAGAUAUUUACCGUUUCGAAAGGGCAUCAUUUGUACAGUCACGUUUGCUAUCAUCUGGACCUGGGCCGGACAGCAGCAAUUUGGAAAAGGUUCAUUUCAUUGUUGGGCUUGGAAUCAUUAGAGAAUCGUUGAGAAAUGAAAUUAUUUGUCAAAUUGUGAAGCAAUGCAUUGGUAAUCCCUCUGAAGUGAGUGUGUCAAGAGGAUGGAUUCUUCUAGCGUUGACUCUGGGAUGUUUUGCACCGUCAGAAAAGUUGGUGAGAUGUCUUGUAUCAUUUUUCCGAGAAGAAAACACAGACCACAGCAAGUUUUGUGAGCAACUUUUGACAAGAACCCUCAGGAAUGGACCAAGAAAGCAACCGCCAUCAUACAUGGAGUUAAAAGCUGCAAACACAUUACACAUGAUUCCAUUGCCAGUGGCAUUCAUGGAUGGUUCAGUAAAAGACAUCGAAGUUGAUGCACAAGUAACUGGUAAAGAGAUGCGUGCAAUAAUCGCAAAGAAAAUUGGCUUGGCUGAUCAAUUUGGUUUCUCCAUAUUUUGUGCCGUUGAAAACAACGUCAGCAGCAUUGGUGCGGGUGGCGAACACGUGAUGGAUUAUGUCUCCCAAUGUGAACAAUUCCGAAAAGAAUCUGGCCACAGCGAGAGAUCGCCUGAUUGGAAAAUCUACUUUGCUAAAGAGUUGUUUGCACCAUGGCACGAUCCAGCCGAAGACAAGGUCAGCACAGACCUGAUUUACUAUCAAGUAAUCAGAGGAAUUAAGCAUGGAGAAUAUAAAUGUGAGACGAAACAAGAAUUAGCUGAAAUAGCUGCGAAUGAAUAUUUCAUUACACAUGGAAGCCAUCUUGAUCGAGGACUCUUGAUGAGCCUCUUGCCCUCUUACCUGCCAGAUAAAGCUCUAGAAGGCGAAGGCACUUUGGAUAAAUGGGCUGACCUUGUGCAAGACGCGUUUAACCAAGUCAAAGAAUACUAUGAUAACGAAAGUGACAUCAAAAUAAAGCAGAACAUUGUCAGCUCUGCUCGAAUAAAAUGGCCAUUCGUUUUUUCAAGAUCAUUUGAUGUUCGUCAGGUGUCUGGUCCAGCGCUGCCAUCUCGCUCAGUUGUCCUCACAAUAACUUGGAAGGGCGUCCACAUUUUCGACAACUACGAGAACAUCUUAAUGUACUUGCGCUAUCGAGAUAUCGUGAAAAUCGAGAGUUCUGGAAGCAGGAGGAAGGAUGUGUUUGUGUUGUACACCUCCAAGAAGGGGAACUUUGGCUUUUUCUCAGAGCAUGCUUCGGCUGUACGAGAUAUCCUUAUGUACAUAUGGGAUGGAUUGAAGAGACGUUCCCGAUAUUGUGUUGCAUUGUACGAUUACCCUCCAGCCCAAGUCUCACAGUUGUCAUUCCGUCGAGGUGAUAUAAUUGUGAUGGAUGAAAACUACAAUGGUGAAACAUUGAAUAAUACUGGAUGGGCAUCAGGAACAAACGACCGGACCAAAAAAUGGGGAAACUUUACUGCUAAAAGUGUUUACGUAGUUCCUGUUGUGUACGUCCAAAGUCUUUCUAAGCCUGCUGCAAACAAACCUACUCAACGACUAUUCAUACCACAAACUACUGAAGAACCUACAACAAGCAAUAAAGCAGAAAUUGAUGAUCUUAUGAGUGCUUUGGAAAACAAAGAUGUUAAACUGCGUUCAGUCGAAGGAAAAGUAGUACAAUUAGAAAGUGAACUGAAUCAGCUCGGUAGAGAGAAGCAGCAAACUGAGAUGACAUUGAAAUCCGAAAAACAAACUUUUCAAUCAACUUUAGAAAGGAAAGAAACGAUUCUUGUUAAUACCCGGAAUGAACUGGAAGAUCUUAGGCAAUACAAUAAUCAAGCAUCUGCGAAACUGUCCGACAUGCAAAAGAAUCUUCGAGACCAAGAAGUCGAAUUGGAAACGUUACGAAACCAACGGUACACGCAGUUGUCUGAGAUCAAAGAUAAAGAAAGUGCUCUUUUCACAAAUAGAGCCCGGCUUGUGGAACUGGAACGUCAGUUCAACACAGCGAAUACCGAGGUUGAAGAUCUUCGAUCUCGUGUGCAAGAAAAAGAAGAAGAGCUGUUGAAAGUGAGACAAGAGCAACACCAAAAUAUUCUCUUAAUCACUGAAAUGGAAGGAUCCUUGAAUGGCACUCGUAGAGAAUUGGAAACCUUUGAAAGGCAACAGUCUGAAGCAGCUAUGACCAUUAAAGAUAUGCGAAAAACAAUCGACACUCAAGAAGGCUCCAUUACCACCUUAAGAAGUGAAAGAGAUGCCCACUUUAGCGAGCUUCAAAACAAAGAGAUGCUCUUAUCCAACACACGUAGUGAAUUGAUGCGACUGAAAGAGGAAAACAAUGAUGCAAUUAUCACAAUCCGAGAAUUGAAAGAGAAGACACGCGAUCAGGAAGAAGAAUUGCACAUGAUGAGAUUGCAACGCACUGAGCAGAAUAGCGUAACCACAGCGCAAAUUCAAGAACUGGAGCGCUCGGUUGAGGAGAAGAAUAUCAAGAUUUCAUAUCUUAUGGAGGAACGAGAUAAAAAUAUUGAAAAACAUCGUGAGGAGAUUCGUGACCUGGAAAGACGACUAACUGAAAUUAGCACACGAAAAGUUGUGGAGAUAUCCAAGCCCGUGUUUAGGGAAGAGGUCCGUGUUACGACUCCGACCGUUGUUCAUCCUCCAAAAAGCAGAAUUUACACCCUGGAAACAUACGCAAGAGACAAUUUCACCGACAACAUGACUUGGGUGCAUCAAAAAGAACCAAUUUCCCAGCCUCUUCACAAGAUCUUACUCCGAAAUCAGGCGAAAAAGGAAAGAGCAACCGAAACCUUUAAAUUAAUAUUGAUGUAUAUGGAAGAGAUACCAGGAAAAAGAACGUUGUCCAAAAUCGAACUGACAGACGAAAUAUUUGGGCCUGCUUUAGACGAUGAACUGAUUCGAGAUGAAAUAUACUGUCAGUUAAUAAAGCAGUUAACAUUUAAUUCUAAUUGGACAAGUGAGAAGAAAUGCUGGGAGUUACUGUGGUUAUGCACUGGCUUGUUUGGACCACCAAGUUUGGCCCUCACAAGAUAUGUGGAACUGUUCUUGAAAUCGAGCGGAAAACCACGCGGUAACGAAUGUUUGUCACGAUUGGAAAGAGUAAACAGGUUGGGAGCAAGACGAGCUCCUCCACAUUACAUGGAAACUGAAGCAGUUGUUCGUGAAAACAGUACUUUGUUCCACAAAUUCCUUCUGCCCGAUGAAAAUGAAGUGACUGUUGAAGUGGAAUCUCUUUCAAAGCCUCCUAGCAUUCUCCGAAAUAUCGCACAAAAGUUGAAUUUAAAAACGUCGGAAGGGUUUGGGAUUUUCGUUCGCGUUAAUCAACAAGUUUUGGGAAUGGCUGACACAGAAUACUUGUUUGACUUCCUUUGGUUGCUGGCCUCAUUAGGGACACCGGAUUCACCCAAUGGAAUAGACUAUGAACUGUACGUCACAAAGAAAGUGUGGACCAAAACAGUUGGCGGAGAGGACGUCAUUGCCGAUCGCAUUUUUCACUACCACCAGGAGUUGCCGCGGUAUAUUCUUGGUUAUCAUAAGUGCUCUUUAAACGAAGCAGUUGAAGUUUCUGGACUUGCAUACCGGGUUUAUCAUGGAGAAGGCGCCCGCCCAUCAGACGAUUUUCCAGAUCUUCUGGAUGAUAUUGUUCCCAGGACAUUUAGAAACAGUAUGAACGAAAGUCAGUGGGUGCAGAGCAUCAUGGCUGAACAUCGAAAGAGCCCAGGCAUGACCAAAGAUGAAGCAAAAGUUGCCUUUUUGAAGAAGAUGCAAUCGUGGCCAACUUUUGGUUCUGUGUUCUUUGAAGCACGGCAAGAGAUAAGCCAGGAAUUCCCAGCAGUAGUCUAUGUUGCGAUCAACAAACAGGGAAUUAAUGUGAUUAACCAAGACACAAAAGAUGUCUUGAAGAAUUAUCCGUAUAGUCUGAUAUCGCACUGGCGUAGCGGAGAUGAGACUUUUGAAGUGAUAAUUGGCGGCACUGGCGACGGAAAAAGAAUUGUUUUUAGGACACAUUUGGAUUACGAAAUGGAUGAUUUGUUGACCUCAUAUGUUGCUUUCUAUUCCGAUGAAAAAGAAGCAGAACAGUUGAACGCUUUGUGGUCUCAAACUGUCAGGGAGAUUCUUCGAAAACAGAUCACUUUUCCUCAGGAAAAUGGCAUCAAUUCGGGGCAAAAUGCCUACCAACCAUAACUGAAUUAAAACCAAUCAAUUGAACUUUUUUCCACGGAUAUAAAAAUGCAAAAAUAGUAGCCCGGUCAUCGGUAUUGAAUUAGGAAACGCAGUAUAAUAUAAUGUAUCUACGCACAAAUCGUACUCUAUUAGAGAAACCUAAAGGAUAAAUUGCCCAUUGCACUGACGUCAUAAUCCUUCUAAGUCAUUCUUCGGAUGCGUCCAUGCCUUACUAAAAUGAAUCAGUUGUUAUGCGAACGGCAAAUGUUCUUAAACCCAUAACGAAGCAAUUUUCUUCUGUAUUUGACCAAGAAUACGUUAUUUGCAAAGUUUAUAUGUAACAUUCAUUUUUCCUCUGUGACGUCAUGUGCGAAGGGUUUAUAUGAAAUUCGCUUUAAUAGUAUUUUUUCGCGAAAAUGCUCGAUUUCGCGACCAUUUCGCACAAUAGUUUUUCAAACGCAUUUAUGUUGUUGAAGAUGCAAUUCAAUGUUUUGAUAAGUAUGAUUUUCUUAAUUUUAGAUGCAAUUAGAUGCAGCACUAAAAAAUUUCUGACUACAAGGUAAAAAUAUGCAAUGAUAGUAAAAAUAUUUAAGCACGUCACUUUUCUUGACGAAUGUUUAGUUCUUUUCCAAUCUUUAUAUAUCUUACCUGUGAGUAAUAUAGUAACGCUUGAGAUAUAUAACAAUAUAGUUUUCAUAUUUUACGGUUUUACUUAAUUAAUAUGGUUAAAUUUUAAUUGUAUUUGCAAUCAAUAAUAUACUCAUUUAACAAUUAAUUAAUAAAAACAUCUGAAUA